AUGGCAGCUCCCGCUGUUACCUUGAACCGCAUUCUCGCAGCCGCUCCCUCUACCACCAGAGGACAGCCAACCCAGCUGUCCGCCGACCCCAAGGGCCAACGGAUAGCUUACGCCUCGGGAAAAUCAAUCAUUGUCCGCUCCAUCGAUAAACCCGCAGAAUGCAAGGAGUAUACCGGUCACACGGCUACGACAACCGUCGCUCGGUUUUCGCCCAACGGAUUCAAGGUCGCCAGUGGUGAUGCCAGCGGCACGCUCCAAGUCUGGGAGCCCGAGAACACGGACAAGACCAUUGGCGAAUAUCACAUCAUCUCGGGCCGACUGAACGAUGUUGCCUGGGACGGCGAGUCUCAGCGCGUUAUUGCUGUCGGAGACGGCAAGGAGCAAUUCGGCCGCUGCAUCACGGCAGACAGUGGUAACUCGGUGGGGGAAAUCAUUGGCCAUUCAAAAUCCGUCAACGCAGUAGCUAUGAGGCCUCAGCGCCCCUUCCGUGCGGCGACUGUCGGUGAUGAUGGCAAUAUGGUGUUUUAUCACGGCGCUCCGUAUAAAUUCAACGAGAAGAGCGCCCUACACAAGGGUUUCGUUCUCGGAACUUCAUACUCACCCGAUGGAGCUACUCUUGCGACCGUUGGCGCGGAUAAGCGAAUACAGUUGUACGAUGGAAAGACUGGGGAGCCUACAAGGCAGAUUGGUGAGGGGGAGCACACCGGCAGCAUCUUCGCCCUGUCCUGGUCUCAGGACGGUAAGAAGUUUGCCACUGCAAGCGCUGACCAAACGAUAAAGCUUUGGGAGGUUGACUCAGGCACCGUCAUUCAGACCUGGAAGUUUGGGGAUGGUGUCAGCAUUCGCGACCAGCAGAUGGGUGUCGUCAUUCCCCACGGCCGAACUGAUGGUUUGAUUAUCAGCGUAAACUUGUACGGGGAGCUCAUUUACCUCAACGAGGGCAAGGAAGAACCCGUUAGGAUCCUCCAGGGGCACCAAAAGAGCAUCACCGCACUGACGGCCUCCUCUGACGGCACAGGCUCUGCGUUAUGGACGGGUAGCUUUGAUGGCCGGGUUUGCCACUGGAACGUCAAAACAGGCACUGCCAGUGUUGUCGACGGAGGAUCUCAUACAAACCAGGUUGUACAGAUAACCGGAUUUGCAGGCAAAGUCUACACCGCCGGCUGGGAUGACAUGGUGAAGAUUGCGGAUGAAUCGGCCAGCACUUCCGUGGGCGAGUCCAUCAGCCUUCCUGCACAGCCAAAGGGCGCCAGUGCGUCCGACGGUGUCCUAUAUGUCGCCAUGGUAUCGUCAAUUGUGGCGUAUUCAAACGGGAAGCUCUUGAAAGAGACAACCGUCGGCUAUGCUCCGACAUGCAUCGCCGCCUCAGGAAACUUGGUCGCCGUAGGGGCAGACAAAAACUCAGUCAAGGUAUACAAAGCCGGUUCCAGGGGCUCUUUGGAAGAAUGCCAAACGUUGGCGAACCCUACUGGAACGAUAUCUGCUUUGGCUUUCUCCAGGGACGGCUCUCACCUGGCGGCCGGAAAUAACGUUGGCAAGAUUUAUGCAUACAAUACCGGAAGUUGGGAGGUGGCUUCAGAUCGGUGGUCUGCUCACACAGCGCGCGUGACUUGCAUUGCCUGGGACGAUACCGGCGCAUACGCAGCUAGCGGGAGCUUAGACACCAAUGUCUUUGUCUGGUGCUUGGAAAAGAAAAACCAAGGAAAGCGAAUCAAGGCUUCCAACGCACACAAGGACGGAGUCAAUGGCAUCUCGUGGAUAGAGGGUGGACAGAUCGCCAGCGCGGGAGGGGAUGCAAACGUCAAGAUUUGGGAUGUCAAGAGCUUGCCCUGA